CAAUGCUACCUUCUUCAUUUUCUUUUGUAAAUAGAGAGAGGAAAUACAAAAGCUUACAAAAGCUAUAAAUGCCCAUUAAUAUAGCAGAAACUGAGAUGGGGAGUGGCUGGUUUACGCCACUCAAUGCUGGAAAACUGUGCUAUGUAUUGGGGAAGUGUGCUUUUAAGCCAUGCGGUAAAACACCCCCAAAGGAAUCCAAAUCUCCAUCCUUAGGAAUCAAACACCACAGACAUAAAAGGAAGAAAAAAAAAAAAAAACCAUCUUUGAGAUUUACACCAUACUUGCAUGUAUUUCUCCCUCUCCAUACACCUCUCCUCAUAUGUGAGAUAGCUUUUGUAUUGCAUCUUUUGUAGGUAUGUAUAAGAAUCAGUUGCAAGAACUAGCACAGAGAAGCUGCUUCAACCUCCCUUCAUAUGCAUGCAUCAGGGAAGGGCCAGAUCAUGCACCUAGAUUCAGAGCAUCUGUUAAUUUCAAUGGUGAGAUCUUUGAAGGGCCUAGCUAUUGCCACACCCUUAGGCAGGCAGAACAUGCAGCUGCUGAGGUAGCUCUCAACACCCUCUCUACAAGGGGCCCUUCCAGGUCUCUAGCUGCAAGAGUCCUUGAUGAGACUGGUGUGUUCAAGAACCUUCUACAAGAGACUGCUCAUAGAGCUGGUUUGAACCUGCCUGUUUACACCACAGUGAGAUCCGGCCCUGGACAUCUACCUGUUUUUACCUGCACUGUAGAGCUUGCUGGCAUGAAUUUCACCGGUGAACCAGCAAAGACAAAGAAGCAAGCUGAGAAGAAUGCAGCAAUGGCUGCAUGGUCUUCUUUGAAACAAUUGCCAAACUUGGGUUCUUUGUCUCAAUCAAACAAGGAGACUGAGAGCAAUGAAGAACAGGAACAGGUAGUUGUAGCAAAGGUCCUUUCAAAUUUCAAGCCCAAAGAUGAGAACAAACCUAUAAGAAGAAGAAAGAUGAUGUUGGGUUAUAGAGAUAACAGCUCUAUUUCAUCACCCAACAACACCUCACAGUAUCAGAAAUACCAGCCUUUGGAUCCCUUGCUUGAUGUUUCUUCAAUCUACCCAACUCAACAACACCAGCAACAAAACAGCUGCUUUUUAGCUCUUCCUACUCCUUCCAGGAUCUUACAACAAAUGCCCACUUUCCAACAGUCAAUUACUGCUGCUUCUCAAGAUCAAUCUCCAUCAAAGGACAGCAUCAGCAGCAACAACAACAAAAACCCAUCUCUCUAUUCAUCAAAUAGGCCCAUCCCAGUACAUAUCAGGAGUAAAUCUCAGAUCAGAAUACAAGAGAUUCCACCUCCAUUGGAAGAACACCAGAAGGAUGAAGAGGAAUGGCUUGGUGGGAGAUCAGAUGUCAAAGGAAAACAAACUGAGAUUGGCUCAAGUAGCGCAAAUUUCGGGGCUAGUUCUACUAGUAUCAGCCCAUUCGUCCUGCCCCAAACACCAAAUUUCAACCCUGCAUCGGCCGAAAACAGGACCCAACAACCACAGAUCAGAACUAGGCCUUUCAGACUCUCUACGCCUAUGCCAGCUCCUAUUCGAACCGCGCCUGGGAUUCCUCGUCCGCGAUUCCUCCACAGCAGUGAAUUUCACUUGCACAGCAUUGCUCCAGCGGUUCACAUCCGUUCAGUGAUCCCAGUCUGUGCGGCCCCACCCACAAAGCCUCCAUCAAAUCCUCCAACAGCCCAAAAGAAAGAAACCUCAAUCUCAGCCUCAGCACCGGCAUCACCAACAACAGAAGAGGUCUCAUUAGCCAGCUCAAUGCUCGACAAGCUGCAAUUAUGAGAAUUGCCUGUUUGCAGCCCACAAUGACUGAAUUCCACAAGUUUUGCUUGGUGGGUCUUUUCUUAAACUUGUGUUUUGCUUUUGAAAAUCAUGAUUUUGGCUCAUGGGUCAUGUAAGAGGCUUGUUUCUUUAGUGGACUUCAGUUACGGAAGCCAAAUCAAAGCUCAAUAGAGUUCAGUUAAGAGAGAAGACCAUAUAGCAGAUUUCUAUCCAAUAAACACCACAUUCUGCAAGUUUUUCUUGAUGGUUCUGUUCCUAAGCUUGUGAUUUGAUUUUGAAAUCUUCUAAUUUUGGGUCAUGGCUGCUGUAACAAGCUUGUUUAUUUUAGUGUAAUUUGGUUACAGUAACAAGAAGAUCAAAA